AAAUUAUAUGAUGAAUCGAAUGGUAAAUAUUGAUGUUUUGCGAUCAUUGAUAGAUAAAACAUUGAUGUUUUCGAGCAUCUCUAAUUCAAACUCGACUACUAAAUCGAUUUGACACAUCACUAAGGUGUCUGUGUUCGACAGUUUGGUAUUUACCUACUUAGUCUGUGGUAUUUACUAAUUAACCGUAAAGUGUAGCUAUUACGAGAUUUUCUUUGAUUGUGAAAUAGAAUAUCAUUGCUAUUAAUACGUAUAUUUUUAAGACGGUAUUUUGGUUUCUCAUAUAUAAGUAUAUAGUUGACUUUUAAAUUUUCACUGAAAAUGUCCGUUGCAUUUGCACCUCGAGGGAACCGACCUCCAUUGAAUCCGGCUCAAAUUCAGAAGAUGUUGGAUGAAAAUGCUCAUCUUAUACAAACUAUUCAAGAUUAUCAGGCGAAAGGACAGUUGAUGGAGUGUCAUCAAUAUCAACAGAUGCUGCACAGAAAUUUAGUAUAUCUUGCUUCUAUUGCAGAUGCUACUCAAAAUAUUCAAGCGCUUUUACCGCCACCACAUGCAUUAGCUUCAGGAAAUGUGCCACAGGUGCCACUAAAUCCUCCUUCUACUGGAGGUGAAUCAUCACAGCAACAAUACAGACCUCCUCCUGGAGUAUCAACCACUCCAACCAGACCAACUCAGAGUUAUGGUCAAAGGCCAUAUGGUCAAAAUCAAUAUCAAGGUCAAUAUCAAGGUACACCUAAUGUUUACCCACCACAAGCAGGCUAUGGUCCACCUGGUCCAGGGUAUGGUCCACCAAACCCUCCACAAUCACAAGGAUAUCCUCCAAAUUCUACAUAUGGGCCACCAAGUACAACAGCCCCUAAUAACUAUCCACCAUCUACCCAUCCAGGCUCAGGGUAUCCACCAUCAACAGUUCAACAGCCAUAUGCACCUCCUGCUAGUCCUGCUGGUGCAGGUUCCCCUUAUCCCAUUCGUGCAGCUGCUCAACCAGGUUAUACAGGAAAUUCAGCAUAUCCUCCUCAGUCUGGUGCUAACUAUCCUAAUGUUGGUGUCAGUACAUAUAAUUCUACAGCUUCCCAACAGCAGUCAUAUCAGUCACAACCAUUUCCUAACACCACACCAACUUACAGCUCAACACCCACAUCACAGCCCAAUAGGUCACCUCAACCUCCUGCAAGUGGAUAUACUUCACAAAAUCCAACUAAUUCAGGGUAUGGUUCUCCUUCAGCUCAGUCACCUACAUAUAAUUCUAGUUCUCAUCCAAGUUCAGCUCCACCUUCAACAGGAGCAUCAUCAACCCCUGCUCCUGGAGGACCUCCUUCACAGCAGUACCCUCCUCCAGGGCAACCAUCCCCCUAUCCACCAGCUAGUCAACCACCUUAUUCUAAUCCUUCAUCUCAACCAGGUAGUCCAGCACCAUCUGUGUCAACAUCAGCACCGCCACAGGGAUCUUAUCCUCAAAAUCCCCAAAAUUAUCCACCAACCGGCGGAGCCUAUCCAUCUCAUGCUUAUCAGCAAGGUUAUCCACCUACACAAUACCCACCAUCUCCUUAUCCAUAUGCCAGACCUCCAGCUCCAGGUGCCCCACCACCAGGAGCGCCACAGCCGUAUCCUGGUUAUGGAUUUCAGCCACCUAAUCAACAGUAAGAAAUUUAAUGUAAAAAUAAGUUGAAGAUUGUUAAUAUGUGCAGUCUAGGGCAAGAAUAUGUGUAUGUUUAUGACAGUUAAGGCACUAUAUUGCAAAAUAAAGGAUACCAAAUAUCAAAAUUGUAUACAUGUUUGAGAUGCGAAUCUGUGACUAUUAUAAUAUAGAAAGUUUAUAAAGACAUUUAAAUGAUUGUAACAAAAUAAUUGUGAGUAUGUAAACCUUUUGACGAC